AGUGUCGCGCUGUUCGUUGAUUUGAAACCGAGCUAAAGUGGGACAAGAGAUAUUCUCCAAACAUCACAUUCAAAAAGAUGCAAUACCCUUGUGAUGUAUGCGGCGAGUUAUUUGCCAAUCGCUUGUUGUUGGAUCAUCAUAAAAAAAAUUGUACGAAGCCGAAAAACGAGGACGAAAGCUCUCCAUUCAAGUCACUCUUCAAGGGACUGGUCGCAGGAGCAAUUGUAGUAGGCGGUAUUGUAUACACGGCAGUAAAAGUAGCCGAGGCAAUUGAAAAACGGAAUUCAGAGAGAGAUUCUGCUUCAACUUCGGGCAUUCAGAGCUACAGGGGUAUAGAACCUAAGGGCAGACUGGAACUUGAGGGCAAACGGGAAUACAGCCCGCCAAGACUGGGCGGAAUUGGUAUACGUAAGUUUUGUAUUAUUUAGCAAG